AUGAGAUUAUUAAUUGUUUUAGUUUUAGCAUUUUUAGCUGCAUCAGCUCAUGGUUCAAUUGUUCACACUUUUGAUCAUUUUACCAUUAGAAAUAGUGACAAUAAAUUAUGCUUUGUUUAUGCCAACGGAACUACUGCUGAUGCAACUCAAGCCGACAUUGGUAAAUGUGUUGCUGGUUGUGGUGGCUCCAUUAAAGUUGUCAAAGCAAAGAGAUCAAACCAAUAUAUCUUUUCUCAAUACACUACAGAAGAUUGUACUGGAACCGCUGCUGUAGAUUCAGAUUUUCUUUGUCCAAACCCAUCAAUUAAACCAGUUGAACUUAGGGGUAAUGGUUAUUCAAUUAAAUGUGGUACCAAUCCAAAAGCAGCCAUUGAAGAUGAUGAAAACGCUAUUGAUGAAGUUCCAAAAUCAAAAUCAAAAGGAGGUAACAAUAAACCAAAACACGAUAGCAAUGAAAUUGCCGAUUUCUCUGUAGAAGAAUCAUCUGAAUCCACCAAAACUAAACCAAAGUCACCAAAAUCAGGUUCAACUGAUGAAGAAAAUGCCAGUGCCACCGAAGAAACCAAUACUCAUGAUAGCGGUAACUCAGCUUCAGCCACUAUCGCCAGUUUAUCUUUAGUUUUAGGAUCUUUAAUUGCCACAUUAGCUUUAUAA